AUGAUGGAUAACUUGCCGCCGCAUGGUCCUUCCACAUGCAAGGAGCUGCUGCACUGGGCGAAGGACCAUAACUUCGUUGACCGUGAGAGCUUUAUCGUCUUUGCCGUUGCCCUCGCUCUUUUCGUCCUGGGUACAUGCGGUCUUAUUCAGACCGACGAUGUCCUCGCCUGCUUCAUCGCCGUGAACACAUUCACAUGGGAUGACUGGUUCCGGCUCCAGACCAAGGACGACUCCCUUCAACCGACUAUCGACAUGCUCCUUAACGUCACUAUCUUCCUGUGGUACGGCGCAUACAUACCCUGGGACCGCUUCGGCGACAACCCUGUUAUCUCAUCCUGGCACCUCGUCGCUCUUGGUGUUCUGGUGCUCCUCCUGCGGCGUCUGCCCUGGGUAUUUGGCAUGCACAGGUGGAUCCACCAGAUUAAGGAGAGGAAGCAGGCGAUUUUUGUGGGAUUCUUUGGACCCAUUGGCGUGUCUGCGGUCUUCUACCUCUUUGUGAGUAUGGAGUUUAUUCAGGAACAUUUGAGUGAUAAGAACGGGACUACUCGAAGCGACGUCAGAGGCCUUGGUGAAACAAUUCGGGUCAUUGUCUGGUUCCUCGUGGUCUGUAGCAUUGCUGUCCAUGGGCUCAGUAUUCCACUUGGAAAGGUGGGUUAUCUGGCUCCUCAGACCGUUGGUCGGGUGCUCAGCGACACCCUGAACGGCGAGUCACGUGCGGAGGAAGGCCGACGCAAGAUCCCAUUGUUGGGCAAUUAUCUUGUUGGAAAGCCUAGCGAUAUCGAAUCUAGGAAUUUUCAGCACUCUACCGUCAUAUCGGGCCCGUUGAACACUCGUUUCCCGCACUCGGAACGUACUGCAUUGCUGCAGGCGGCGGCCAUACCCUCUCCUGCGAGCCAAAACUGA